AAGAUAAAGCAGAAGAUGGAAGCUGCCACACGCCAGAUUGAAGAGACGAAGAAGCAGCUUAGUAUCACGCAGCCCAGACUGCCCCUACCUGCUCCCCAGCCAUCAGCACCUGGUAUGCACUCUCUCCAGCCUCCUGCUCCAGGCCCAGGUCAGUCUAUUGCCCCCUCACAGGCUGCCAGCUUCAUGAACGAUGCCAUUGAGAAGGCAUGCAAAGCCGCUGAGCUCCAGGCCAAGAUUCAGUCCACUCUCGCCAUGAAGCCGGGCAUCCUGGGAGCUGUACCUAGUGCUGGACCACACGACCUUGUGCCACUCACUAACCUGCAUGCUAUGGGCAUUGCACCACCCAAAGUGGAGGCCCGUGAGAUCACGAAGCCCACGCCGCUCAUUCUGGAUGAGCUCGGGAGAACCGUCGACGCCAGCGGGAAAGAGGUGAAGCUCACACACCGCAUGCCGACUCUGAAAGCUAAUAUCAGAGCAGUGGAGCGAAAGCAGUUUAAGCAGCAGCUGAAGGAAAAGCCCAGCGAUGACCUCAAGUCUGCGUCUUACUUCGACACCAGGUUGGCCAUUCCACAGCCUCAAAGACAAAAGAAGGUGUUUAGGUUCCAGGAAAGGGGUCGCUUUGAGAAAAUAGGCCAGCGGAUACGCACCAAGGCUCGGUUAGAGAGGUUACAGAUGGAGAUUGCGCAGGCAGCCAAAAAGACGGGCAUCCAGGCGUCUACCAAGCUGGCUCUGAUCGCCCCUAAGAAGGAGCUCGGUGAAGGUGACGUGCCUUCCAUGGAGUGGUGGGACUCCUUCAUUCUGCCCAACAACGUAGAAUUCUCGCCUCAGGCUGUGUAUGAUAUCUUGGACUUCCAUGGAAUCACCAAUCUCGUGGAACAUCCUGCACAAAUGGCUCCUCCAGUGGAUACGGACAAGCCGGUGACUCCGGGCAUGUACUUGACUAAGAAGGAGCAGAAGAAGCUGAGGAGGCAGACGCGGCGUGAGGUUCAGAAGGAGGUGCAGGAGAAGGUCAGACUCGGCCUCAUGCCUCCACCAGAACCAAAAGUACGGAUCUCUAAUCUGAUGCGAGUGCUGGGUGCAGAAGCCGUACAGGAUCCUACCAAAGUUGAGGCACAUGUCCGAGCACAAAUGGCCAAGAGACAAAAAACCCACGAGGAGGCAAAUGCAGCACACAAACUGACAGCAGAGCAAAGGAAAAGGAAGAAGAUGAAGAAGCUUAAGGAAGAUCUGAGUCAUGGUGUUCACAUCGCUGUCUAUAGGAUCCGAAACCUGCACAGCCCAUCUAAGAAGUUUAAAGUGGAAGCUAACGCUAAUCAGCUGUAUCUGACCGGCACCGUGGUGCUGCACAAAGACGUCAACAUUGUGGUGGUGGAAGGAGGACCCAAAUCCCAGAAGAAGUUUAAGAGGCUGAUGCUGAACAGGAUCAAAUGGGAGGAGCCCAGCUCUAAGAGAGAUGACCCUGAUGGCUCGGACGAUGAGGGAUCGAAGAAGCCAAACAAGUGCUUGCUUGUCUGGGAGGGCACAGUGAUGGAGCGCAGUUUCAGGGGCAUGAAGUUCAAGCAGUGUCCCACAGAGAACAUGGCACGUGAACACUUCAAGAAGCAUGGCUCAGAGCACUACUGGGAUCUGGCUCUGAGUGAGAGCGUGCUGGAGACGGCCGAUGACUGA